CUGGAGGAGGGAGUUGAGCUAUUGGCGCAGGCGUAGUGCUGCUCGAAGUACCUAUCAGUUUGAGCAGGCAAGUGUUGGAGGAACUCAACAGGUCAGGCCGAAUAGACGGAACGAAAUACAUAGUCGAAGUUUUGGGCCAAGACCCUCCGUGGGACAUUGGGCCGAUCAGCCCAGGGAGUGAGCGACCGUACUUCUGAAGGUCCGAAGAUUUCGCGCAGGCGUAGUGCCGUUGGAGGACCGAUCCGCUCAGGCACCGUGCUGCUGGAGGACCCAAUAUUUCGCGCAGGCGUAGUGCCGCUGGAGGACCGAUCCGCUCAGGCACCGGGCUGCUGGAGGACCCAAUAUUUCGCGCAGGCGUAGUGCCGCUGGAGGACCGAUCCGCUCAGGCACCGUGCUGCUGGAGGACCGAACAUUUAGCACAGGCGCAGUGCCUUGGGGCCUAGUCUUCUCCCUUCUCCAUUGUGUCGGACGCCGCGCUCGCUCGUUCGCCCCGGGGGCCAUGGGUUCGGCCCCGCCGCCUCCGACCAGCGCCGCCGCUGCUGCCGCGGCCGCAGCUGCAGCGGCCGCCUCGGCCUCGGCCAGCCGCCGCCACUCGUGCUACCUGUGCGACCUGCCGCGGAUGCCGUGGGCCAUGAUCUGGGACUUCUCGCAGGCCGUGUGCCGCGGCUGCGUCAACUAUGAGGGCGCCGACCGCAUCGAGCGCGUCAUCGAGCAGGCGCGCCACCUCAAGCGGGCACAUGGGCUGCCGGCCCCCGCCGCCGCGGCCGUACCGCCGGCCCAGGCCCAGGCCCCGCCGCCCCGCUCGCCCGCGCCCCGGCCUCCCGCCCCGCACCCUCACCCUCACCCUCACCCUCACCGCCUCCUGCUUCCCGACUACCCGCCUCCCGGUCCCGAGCUCCCGGCCGCUCGCCGCCCGCUGCUGGGCCCCGCCGCCGCCCUCCUGGGCCUGAGCCCCGGGCCCGCGCCCGCCCUCGGCCUGGAGCUGGGCCGCCGGCCCGAGCUGGAGCGGGCCCUGCGGGAGAAACCCGGCGGGGCCGCCUCCUCCUCGACCCCCGGAGGGGAGGCCUUGGCUGAGCUGGGCCGCGCCCUCCGCCACCGCGCCGAGGAGUGGGCCGGGCGACCAGCCGCCGUGCGGGACUCGCUGCUCGGCCUGUCCGAGUGCGCCCCCUUCGCCCUCCGCCUGCGGGCCGACCCUUCCCUCACCGCCCGGGUGCUGGCCUUCGACGCGGCCGAGAGGCCCCAGGACCGGGCGCUGGAGCUGCGCCUCCUGAUCGAGUACCCCAGCGGCUCGGGCUCCGUGCACUGCGGGGCGACCGAGGCCUGCCGCCGGAUGCUGAGCGACAGCAGCAAGGAGAGACCGGGCAGCCCGGGCCUCGACUGCCUGGAGUACCAGAGGAGGUCCGGGGGCUCGGGUGACUGGCGGCCCCUCUCCCAGCUGCUGACCGAGGGCACCCGCCUCUUCAAGGAGGCCCUGCCCGCCGACCUUCUGCCCGAGCCCCACUCGGGGGGCCUAGGUCUGCCGGGGGGACAGGCCCGGCCCGGGACCCGCCGCCGCAAGGCCUCGCCGGACGGGGAGCCGGAGGCGGCGGGCAAGGCGGUGGGUGACGGGCAGCCGUGGGCGGCUGGUGGUGAAGGAGGGGCUCAAGUGGGCCACUCACCCGUGGCCCUGGUCAGCAGCAGCGGCGCUGACCCGAAGGACAGCGGCCAGCCCGUGCACUCCACCACGGCCCCCGGGCACAGUGGCCAGCGGCGUCUGACCCCCCGCAACGGCGAGCCUGGCGCCCCGGACUCCGGUCACGCCAGCGAGGUGCAGGGGGCCCCCGACUCCUCCAACGGGCCCCUGUGCUGCACCAUCUGCCACCAGCGGCUGGAGGACACCCACUUUGUCCAGUGCCCCUCGGUGCCCGCCCACAAGUUCUGCUUCCCCUGCUCGCGGGAGAGCAUCAAGGCCCAGGGGGCAGGCGGGGAGGUCUACUGCCCCAGCGGCGAGAAGUGCCCGCUGGUCGGCUCCAGCGUGCCCUGGGCGUUCAUGCAGGGUGAGAUCGCCACCAUCCUGGCCGGCGACAUCAAGGUGAAGAAGGAACGGGACCCCUGAUCUGGUGCGCCGCUUGGGUCAAUCUGUUUGAACUGAAGCUGUCCGCACUUUUCCGGAGGGCCUGAGAUGCCUUCGCAACCAAAAUUUGAGACGAUGGGAUUAAUUCACCUGUUUGGGCAGAGUCCUGGUAAAACAAAUUGACUGCGUUGGGUGUAUUUGCCAAAUUCCACAGUCGUCCUGGGCCUGGAGGUGACUACAGAAUGAAACUACUUCAAUUGGUAACGUGGAUCCUCCGAGGAGCCUCGGGUUGUAUCUGCGGGACACCCAGCACAAGGACUGCCAUCUGGUUAUUCAAGUUGGUGUGGAGUAUCUCUCCAUGUUCAUCGGACUGUUGUUGGACAUGCAGUUGUGUGUGCGUGUUUAUAUCUGUCGUGAAACAUUGCUCUGGAAGUACGAGGAAGAGUACCCGAGCAGUUUGGUUGACCUGACUCCACCCGCCGUUCCCUCGUUCCAUCUGCCCCUCGCCUUUGUCAACGGUGAAGGUGCAAGCCUCGCUUUGUUGAUCGAGUGCCUCCCCAGCUCAGUUUGCAGAGCUCAGCCGGCCUGCCCAUGGUCAGAUUUAUUGUGAGCUGUGACUCUCUGUUGGAUCAGGUGCACGAUGUUAUGGAGCGGACUGUCGGAGCUGUACAGACAAGUCUGGAAAGGGAUAGUGGGAGCGACUUGUGUUCCUGAAUUGGCCCUCGUUGUCGGGGCUUCAGCUGUACGGCUGGCAAGAUCUCAACCAAGUCCAGUUUGUGUUGAAUUGUUUUGUUGUAACUCACGGACAGUGAGAGAUUUUAUAAAUGUGUAUCGCGAGAACCCAUAUUGAGGAAUGGGGGCGAUUUCCAGAGGAGCUUGGAACGCUGGGGAGGGGGGGUGGUUGUUGGAGGUCCUGCCUGGGUUCCCUGUGAAUGGUGAAGGGUGAUCAGCAGCUGCCUGACAAGCUGAGAGUGGCGUCUUUGCCUCAGUGUUGCCAGCAGGUCAAAUACUCGACCAGACUCCAGGGAGAAUGGUCUUGUGCCCAAGUAUCAGGCAGGAAUUUGUUUUUUAUUUAGUGCAAAGAGUUAAACCUAGCAGAGUAGUGUCAAACAUGAAAUGUGUAACCCUUCAGAGUUUUAUUGUGUUCCCAAAACACAGUCACUGCCUCGAAGACAAAGUAUGGCAUGGACUCCAGACCCCUGAGGGGAAGGUGAUGUGUGGCCCCGGCUCGUUUCGAGCUUUACCCUGGUUUAUUGACUGGUGGUGUCGUGAUUGUCAUAAUGAGGCGCUUGGGAACUGUCUUGUUCCUCUGUUUUUGCGUCAACUGCGAGCAAAUCAGCCUGGAGAGCCAUAACCUAUCAGCCUCCAGUUGGCGGCGAGAGCUGUGGUAGUCCUCCCAAAUAUGCUGUUCCACCUUGGCCAGCAAACCCCCUCCAAAUCUGUCCUGCAGUGACUUCCACGGUGGGACUCCAGUCUUUUUCGUGUUCAGGCAAAGUCUGUUGCCAUGCAAGUCUGGCAGAGCUACCAGUGAAACAAGACAGUUCUGGGCUGCCACAGGAGCUCAGUGUAAUUCACAGUCGUUUGAGUGGGAUUGGGGAUUGUAAUCAAAAUGUGAUUUAUCAUGGCAGACAGGGUGGUUUGCUGUUUCAUCAUCUCCUGUUGCGUGUAUCAAAAAUGCUACUGUUUGAAAACUUUUAAUUUAAAAACUACUGCCCCCCUGCAAGUAAACUUUUGGUCCGGGCAAGUUUCAAUAGUGUUUCACUGUAAGGAUUUCAUGGUGGUCUGAUUAACCAGUGUGUUGUCUCUCAAUUCCUGUGAUUGUACGGCCUGCUUCUUCCUCACCCCCUGUUGUAAUAAUCUGUAAUUACGUUAGCUUGUGAUAAUCAUGAUUUAAUUUUUUUAUAUAUAUAUUUAAAGAUGAAACAUCUACAAAAUAAAACCUUUUUACUGGUGCUCGAUUUGUUCUGUGACUGG